CCUAUUCUGUUUCCUAGCAACCAACGCCAAACCCUAAAACUUUACAUUUACUGAUAAAGGUGGUUAAUUUUCGAUGGCAUUACAUUGGUUUGAUUUUGUUUUAAAAUAUCAUACAGAUACCACUCUUAUCCACUCACAAAAGCGCGUAUUUUCACUAGACGAGGCUCGCUGUAACGUUAAGCAACAGGACCACUAAGUUAAGCUAGCACAAGAAUAAUAGUAACUUAGAAGUCGUAUGGCACUACUAUUAGACCUGUGUGUCCUUCCAACGUAACUAACCCAAAUACUUCAAUAAUAUGCAGUUCCUUCUGAAGUAACGUUAUAGCACUUGAGUAGAUAUACUGAGUAGCUUUGCAUGCGAGCUGAUGACAUCAUUGAGUUCAGUCCUCCUCCUCCUCCUCCUCCUCCUCCUCUAUCACACGGGCUGCUGCUGAGCUGCUGAAGAUACACAGCCAGAGGAAUAAUGCCCUGCCCAGCAGUGGCUUUGCCUAUUUGAUGAGGUGACCUAUGCAUACCAAGUGGUUAUAAGUCCGGGGAUACCCCCGUGUUUUUUGUUUAGCAUGAGCAUGGAGGAUUAUGACUACCUGUUCAAAAUAGUUCUGAUAGGAAAUGCCGGAGUUGGGAAGACAUGUCUUGUCCGGCGCUUUACUCAGGGCCUUUUCCCACCUGGACAAGGGGCUACUAUUGGAGUAGAUUUCAUGAUUAAAACAGUGGAAAUUAAAGGGGAGAAGGUCAAGCUGCAGAUAUGGGACACAGCUGGACAGGAGAGAUUUCGCUCCAUUACUCAGAGUUAUUACCGUAGUGCCAACGCCCUCAUUCUUACGUACGACAUUACCUGUGAGGACUCCUUCAGGUGCCUUCCAGAGUGGCUGAGGGAGAUUGAGCAGUAUGCCAACAACCAAGUGGUGACUAUAUUAGUCGGUAAUAAAAUUGAUCUGGCAGAGAAGAGAGAGGUUCUCAGACAGAGGGCUGAAGACUUCGCUGAUGCUCAGAGCAUGCUGUAUCUGGAGACCUCGGCCAAAGAGUCCGACAACGUUGAGAAACUUUUCCUCGACCUGGCCUGCGAACUCAUUCGAGAGGCCAAGCAGAACAAGCUGGAUAACACUGACACUGCCCCAAUGCCCGGCGAGGGUAAAACCAUCAGUUACUUGAACUGCUGCAGCCUCAAUUAAAGAGUGCUCAGCGUUCCUUUGGCCUUGUUAUCUCAGUAGCCAUUGACUGUAGAGGGCAGAUGGCUGAGCCCCAAUGCCUCCGUCCCUCUUAAAAUGGCAUAAAGCCACUUCUUAGUCCCGUCAUUUCUAGUCCCAUGCCUUUUUUAAGCUGUACAAAGGAGUUAAGUCAACUUUAGUUUGGCCUUUCAGGAACAAGCAUUUUAAGAUGCUGCCAUUAUGGAGAACAUUGUCCACAAUGCAGCAGGAUAUUAAGUAUGUCUGCCUGAUGCAUCCAGGAAUCUCAUUAGGGCUCCAUUUUGUCCUCUUCAUGGUUCAAAUAGAAAUUUCUUCAUCAUUUUUUAGGAUCCAUUUUCAUUAAACAUCAAUAUUCACCAGCAGUAUUAUGUGAGUAAAAAGUUCUACCAGGUGUUUUGUUACAGAUUCCACAAAGCAGACAAGUGUCAUGAUGAUUGGAGGUUAUCAAUGGUGACAAUAUGUUUACAUACAAAAUGUUUUUGAGAUUAACAAGACGGAUCAAGUUUGCAAACUUAGCCUAAAAUCUGUUGCACAAUCAUUUAUUUCCCACUAGUUUCUUCUACGAGAAUCGCAUACAAUUUCAUUAACUUUCAGUAUAUCAUCUCUGAGUAGUUGUUUGCACCUGUCAUUACAAACUGUGAAAUAUGUGUUCCCAAUAGAAGAUUUUUACUUGCUGCUAAAAUAUGUUUUUAUGUCAGAUAGCAUAAACGGAAACACACGUAUAAAGUAUCAAUACUAUAUUGAAACAGUAUUCUGUGACACCCAUCUUUUUUUUUUACUACAUACAUACUUGCAGUGCUUGCAAUUAGUCAGUUGAUAUAGGUUGAAGCAGUUGAAAAGGCAUCAGAUAUUGUCAGUUAUCAAUAGAAAUGAUAAACACUUUAAUCAAUUUACUUUUUUUUGACCAUCAGCUGUUUCUUUUAUCCAUAGACGUGAAUAUUUCUGCCUUUGUUGUUGCUGCCUAGCCAUGAAAUUGUAUCACUUCUUAUUUGUUUGAAGGAGUGUGUUCAUGUAGUUUCGUAUGAUUUGUACUUCAUAUGCUUUUAUUGUGAAAUUUCUUGACCGUCCAGCAUGUUUUGCCAUAAUUUGUAGUGUCUAACUUUAUCUUUCAUAUAUUUACCAUAACUGUAAUGUACUGUAUUGCACAAUGCCAUAUACUGCACACAUUUUUGUUGUAACAUUUUGUCUUUUGUUGUACAGACAUGUAGUGUAUCUUGGCACUUUGCUUUUAUACUUUUUGUGUUCAGUAAUCCUUUUGUACAACAUGGCUAGCGUUUUGUUUUGCCUUUUACAUUAGAUUUAGCAGCAGUUACUUAUUGUUAAUCCCUUGCAUCUUCUUGUCGACGCAAUAUGGCAAAGGAAAACACUAAUGGGAUGUUGUGCUUCUUUUCCUUUAUGUGUACAAAAUAAUCCCUAAAAGAUACUCUGUAUAACAUUAAAUAAUCCCACUAAAUAGCU